GAAACCAAAAAAAAAUUAAAAAAAUGCAUUUGUUAAUUCCACUCGCCAUCCACAACACCACUAUAUAUAUACUUCGUGUUUCAGCAGCUUCUUUCAUCAUCCUAACAUUCACCAUUAUCCAUUAUAUCCAAUAACCAACUAUCUCAGUGAUCAUGGCUCCUUUGACUCGCCAAACUAUCUUCCUUCUCCUGGUCUUGAUUCCCCUCUCAAAUGCAGCUCUUGACUCCAACUAUUAUGCAAAAACAUGCCCUCAAGCUGAAAAGAUCAUCCUUGAAACUGUUCGAAAUGCUUCCAUCUAUGAUCCCAAAGUCCCAGCCCGGAUCCUCAGGAUGUUCUUCCACGACUGUUUCAUUAGAGGGUGUGAUGCAUCAAUAUUGUUGGACUCAACUCCAGGAAACAAAGCCGAGAAAGAUGGCCCUCCAAACGUCUCGGUUCGAUCAUUCUACGUGAUCGAAGAUGCAAAAACUAAAAUUGAAUCUGCAUGUCCACAUGUUGUUUCUUGUGCUGAUAUACUUGCCGUGGCAGCUAGAGAUGUCGUCGCCAUGUCUGGAGGCCCUUACUGGAAUGUACUUAAAGGAAGGAAAGACGGGAGAGUUUCAAGAGCCAGUGAGACGGUUAACCUGCCAGCUCCUUCUUCCAACGCAACCCAACUCAUUCAAAGUUUCGCACAGAGGGGUUUAGGAGUUAAGGAUUUGGUUGCUCUGUCUGGUGGACAUACUCUUGGAUUUUCACACUGCUCUUCCUUCGAAGCGAGGCUCCACAAUUUCAGCGCUAUGCACGAUGUCGACCCGAGCCUUAACGUGGAGUUUGCUCUAAACCUGAAGCAGAAAUGCCCAAAAAUCCACAGGGAUAAGAACGCAGGACAGUUGCUGGACUCAACCGCUUCGACUUUUGAUAAUGACUAUUUCAAGAGAAUUGUUGUUGGAAAAGGUGUGUUCUCGUCGGACCAAGCUUUGUACAAUGAUUUCAGGACUAGAUGGAUCGUUGAGUCGUUCGCCAGAGACCAGACUUCGUUCUUUAAGGAAUUCGCGGCUUCGAUGGUUAGAAUGGGUAAUGUGGGCGUUGUUGAACAUGGAGAAGUGCGAGCCAAAUGCAAUGUUGUGAACUGAGCUUAGUGCCCAAGUGCAAGGAGAAAGCUUCCCUUGAUGUUUCCAAACUUUGUAAUUUGUGUUUGACUUUUUUUGGAUUUUGGGUGUGUGAGGAUAUGUGUUUGAUCUGAAUAAGUUAACUAGUUUAUGCUUGUGUGCAUUAUUCCAACCGAUGUUCUUUUUCUCCAAAAUGAAUUCACAGUGAUUUUCUGAUUAA